UAAGCACCUCCUUUCCUCUUUGCCUUUCUCUGUCUCUCCUUCCUUACUUUCACUACUAAAGAAAGAAACCAAAUAGUAACAGAAAAAUGUCGAACAACGAAGAGCAUGUGGAGGAAAUAAGCACAACAAAUGGGGAUUCUUUUGAAAAUGUCAAACAGAGGCUCAAGGACCGAUCUAAGAAAGUGGCUCAAACGAAAGAGAUCCUGUCUAAACAGGCCGUUAAGAUUGCCAAACAAGCCGGGGAACAUGAAAGUUUUAUUAACAAGGUGACUCAUCUUCUUGGUGUUCUUGGCUUCGGGGGAUUUUGCUUCCUUCUGGGAGCGAGGCCACAAGAUAUCCCUUAUGUGUAUUGUUUCUUCUAUUUCACAUUUGUUCCUCUUCGGUGGAUAUACUAUCGGUUCAAGAAAUCGCAUUAUUAUCUUCUGGAUUUUUGCUAUUAUGCCAAUACUAUAUUCUUGGUUGACAUCCUUUUAUAUCCAAAGAAUGAAAAGCUUUUCAUGGUUUGCUUCUCAUUUGCUGAAGGACCAUUGGCAUGGGCAUUGAUUGUUUGGCGUUGCAGCUUGGUUUUUAGUUCUGUUGACAAACUUGUUAGUGCCCUAAUACAUCUUCUACCUGGGUUGGUUUUCUUCACUAUUCGGUGGUGGAAUCCUGCAACCUUUGAAGCCAUGCAUCAAGAAGAAACUUCCCGCAGAGUCUCAUGGCCGUAUGGAGUGGAAGACAAAUCCUACCUGAUGACAUGGUUGUUCUGGGGGCCCUUGUUUGCUUAUACCCUGUGGCAAGCUCUUUAUUUUCUUAUUGUCGAUGUCCUACGUCGACAGAGGCUCUUAAGAGAUCCUGAAGUCAUGACUUCUUACAGGGAACUAUCAAAAAAAGCCCAGAAAGCAAACAAUAUAUGGUGGCGAUUGAGUGGUUUGCUUGGGGACCAGAACCGCCUACUAAUGUACACUCUGUUGCAAGCUAUAUUUACUGUGGCAACCAUGGCACUCACAGUCCCCAUCUUCUUGUCCUAUGAAUUGCAUAUGGUUUUCCAAAUACUCAAGAUUUCAGCAGCUGCAUGGAAUGGAGGAAGCUUUCUACUAGAGGUAAUGCCGAGGCAGGUGAUUCUCAAAGAGAAGAAGAAAUCAGAAAUGCAGCCAGAACCUCCUCAGCAAGACCAAUCAUCAACUGUGGUGGAAAAUGCAAUGAAGGCCGCAAUCUCGGCUGAGGUGAACGGGUCCUAACAGAGAUAAAACUCAUGGUGAAUUACCUCGUAAUAGUUGAAUUUAUACUUUAAAAAUGAAUCGGCAAUAACCCUCUUAUAUAGGUUGUUGUCUUAUAACGUAGGUUCGAAGGCUUUCAAGAUUUCUGAACCUUUUUUUUUUUUUUUUUGUAUAUUCACAACGUAAAUUUUGUGUUAGAAGUUAAAACCGACUCAUCCAACCGAGCGGUUUCUUCCGUGUCUGGAAGUGUAGUGUCACAGGUAGCUGAUAGAUGAAAUCUUGUGGUUAGAGAGAGUACAGCAGCUUUCCAUAAUCUCACGUUGAAUUUUAUAUCACAAUAUGGUUUUUAUAAUGUU